AUGCAUGGGGGAGGGCUCCGGUUAAUGCAAGUUCUGGGCUCCUGCAGGGACCCCGACAAUUGUCAGCAGCAGCAGCAACAACUCGGGGCCUCCUCUGCUUCCUCAGCGAUGCUUUUCCACAGCCUGUCUGGCUCGGAGAUGCACGGGGUCAUCGACGAGAUGGAUCGGAGAACCAAAAGCGAAGCACCGGCCAUCAGCUCGGCUAUAGACAGGGGAGAGACCGAAACGACCAUGCCUUCCAUCAGCAGUGACAGGGCUGCCCUGUGCGCCGGCUGCGGGGGGAAAAUCUCCGACCGUUAUUACCUCCUGGCUGUGGAUAAACAGUGGCACAUGCGCUGCCUGAAGUGCUGCGAAUGUAAACUCAACCUGGAGUCCGAGCUCACCUGCUUCAGCAAGGACGGCAGCAUUUACUGCAAGGAAGAUUACUACAGGAGGUUUUCGGUGCAGAGAUGUGCGAGAUGUCACCUGGGGAUUUCUGCUUCCGAGAUGGUCAUGAGAGCCAGGGAUUUGGUAUAUCACUUAAAUUGUUUCACUUGCACCACUUGCAACAAGAUGCUGACCACCGGCGAUCACUUUGGCAUGAAGGACAAUCUGGUGUACUGCCGCCUCCAUUUCGAGACUCUCAUCCAGGGGGAGUACCAGGUGCAUUUCAAUCACUCGGAUGUAGCCGCUGGGAAGGGCCCGGCACUGGGAGCGGGCUCUGCCAACACUUUGGGACUGCCUUAUUACAACGGCGUGGGGACUGUCCAGAAGGGGAGACCCAGGAAAAGGAAGAGCCCAGGGCCUGGGGCAGAUCUGGCAGCCUACAACGCAGCUUUAAGUUGCAAUGAAAACGAUGGUGACCACCUGGAUAGAGACCAGCAAUACCCCAGCAAUCAAAAAACAAAGCGUAUGAGGACAUCAUUCAAACACCACCAGUUGCGGACAAUGAAGUCGUACUUUGCUAUUAACCACAAUCCCGAUGCCAAGGACUUGAAACAGCUAGCUCAGAAAACUGGCCUGACCAAAAGAGUUCUUCAGGUUUGGUUUCAAAAUGCUCGAGCCAAAUUCAGACGGAACCUCUUACGUCAAGAAAACACAGGGGUGGAUAAGACUUCAGACUCAACACUCCAAGCAGGGACCCCAUCAGGUCCUGCCUCAGAAAUAUCCAAUGCCUCCAUGAGUCCAUCCAGCACUCCCACUACUUUAACGGACUUGACUAAUCCUACUAUGCCUACUGUGACAUCUGUCUUGACAUCAGUGCCCGGAAGUCUUGAGGUUCACGAAUCUCGAAGUCCUUCACAGACAACUCUUACGAAUCUUUUCUGA